AUGCAAGCUGCCGCCGUCCUUCGCCGCGCAGCUGUCGCUGCCGCCUCCCGCUCCACUCGCAUUGCCGCAGUGCGUGCCAUGAGCAGCACUCCUCCUCCGACUCCGUCGUUCGCGUCGCAGUUGGAACCGGAGAUCAAGGUCCCACGCCACUUCAUCGGUGCUUUUCCUGAAGAAACGGAAGCUAACAACUUUGAGGUGAACUGGAGUCUCGCUGACGAUGACAUCACCCCGCUUCACAACUGCUACCGCAACCGGGAGUUGGGCAACUUGGCUGCCGCCGCCGCUAUUGCUGCACCCGUGCCCAACGCUGCGUCGCCUGCUGUCGCUGCCGAGAACUGGUCCACCGGCAAGUUUCUCGACCUUUGGAACGACGUGACGAAUCAGCUCUCGCACUCGCCAGACAUGUACAUCUCAGAUGGAGCAAUCGGCGCGCACGCGACCCUUCGCACUCCCAUUCGUGUGGUGUCGGACACACCUCGCCUCGCUCACGCUUUGGCCAACCUCCUGACGAAAGUUCCAACCUUGAAAGACCCGCACACACCUCGCCCCGUCUUGGUCGUGUGGAAAUCAUCCAAGGACAAGGAUCAGUCGGCGUUUGUGUACAACAUCGACACGAACGUCGAUGGGUUCACCCAAGCCAAGCUCGUGGUCCGUGGCGAUGGCGUGUCGUUGGAUUCGUUGCUCCAGAACGUUCUCUCUCUCAAGGCGGAACUGGACGGUGCUGUCGACACGGGCGCCCCCGCCACGAUCGCCGCCGAAGUCGUCGCUGCCGACGGCAAAUCCACCUUGGUGUUUGGAGCCAACGCGGCCUUCCGGGGCUCUCAACAAGCGUCGCUCUCCGCUGCGCACGGCGUGGUAUGGGACCCCGCUGUCGGUGUCACUCCUGCGUUCCAAGGCGUGGUGGUGCCCCCUGCUGCUGUCCGCGUUUCGAAAGCGUCGAGUCGUCGCCACCAAGCCUAUCCUGCGUCGUGGUCCUCGGAAGCGUCGGUGGUUGGUCAUGCGUUUCCCACGCUCUUGCCCCACCCCACGCAUGCCGUGGCUUAUGGCGCCCCCGCAGACAAGACGAGCGUGUCUGUCGAAGAGUUUGUCAAGCAAGUGAAUGGGUCGGCUGCCCUCGCGGCGGCGCUCACCCAACACGGCACGGCUCUCUCGUUCAAGAAGUAA